UACCUCUACGUUGAUGAUGGGUUUGGGCCAGCCCGACCGGGCGCGAUGCGAUUCUACGGCCCAUACGGCGUCAUGAUGCCGACGGUACAGGCCAUGGUGCUGGACUUGUUCGACUUCAUCCGAAUCCCUCACGACCCGGCCAAGCAAGUCCACGGCACAUGCCUCACCAUCAUCGGACACGAAAUUGACACGGAGCUCAUGGUGGCGCGCAUGCCUCGGGAGUCAUUAGCGCGCCUCAUUGAGCUCAUGCUCGACUUCGUCACGACACGCCGGCGGCGGACGCUGCGAGAAUUCCAACACGUUGCCGGCAAUGUUUGCUGGGGCCUCAACGUCCACCCGCUCAUCCGCCCGGGUUUAUCCACAACUUACGAGAAGAUGGAGGGGAAGACCCGGGGGAACGCCCGUAUCUGGGUCAGCACGCGGCUGGUGGAAGAGUUCCUGUGGGCAGUGGGCCACCUCGGGACGUCUCACGGCGUCUUCUUCUUCAAAUCGCUCACAUGGACGCCU